AUGCUCUUGCCAGUGUUGCUCGCGCUUUUCCACACGGCCAGCUCGAACUGCCCGCCUGGUCUAGCUCCCGUCGCCACCACGACGUCGAGCUUCCAAUCGUGCACACCGCAAGACGCGUGCAGCUGCUAUUCGUCGUCGAUCGGCGCGAUUUGCCAAUACUCGACGAUGUAUUCGAAUUACAUUUGUUGCGGCUCGACGAGCACACAGUGCGGUCCGAACACGAGUCCACAAGUGACGAGCGCCGGUCAGCCGGUCGCCUGUCGGACGGCCGGCGAGUGCGCGCCAAACUAUUUGUGCACCGCCGGCAUUUGCUGUCCGAAUCUCGCCAACAGCACGUGCGCCACCGGCUGCCUUCAGGGACAGAUUCGUGUCAACGGGCAGUGCUUCAAUUCGGUGGCGAUCGGCUCGGCGUGCGCGCGCAACGAGCAAUGCGUCGGCGGUGCGAGCUGUGUCUCGCAAGUGUGCCAAUGCGCCGCCGGCUACGUCAACGUCAACGAGCAGUGUGUGAUCAGCAACGGCGUGAAUUGCCCCCUGGGAACUAUCUCCUACAACUCGCGUUGCGUUUCGCUGGCGGCGCCCGGCGAAUCGUGCGUCACCAAUUCGCAGUGCAUCGACAACUCCGCGUGCACCAAUAGCGUGUGCACGUGUCCGACUAGCCACAAUCUCGUCUAUGGCUACUGCCUGCCACGUCCCAUCGGCUCGUGCCAGAACACGCAGGCGCUCAUCAACAACCAAUGCGUGUUGUACUCGAUCGUCGGCGAGACGUGCCUAGCCGACGCGCAAUGCGCCGGCGGCUCGGUGUGCAUCGGCGGCGAGUGCGCGUGCCGCUCGCCGACCGUCGCCAUGUACGGCUAUUGCAUCAACGCGCGACAGUGCGCCGCCGGCGAGGUGCUCGUCAACGCGCAAUGCUAUCCGAAGGCGCCCGUCGGCGGCGUGUGCACCUUCACACAGCAAUGCCUCAACAGCGGCGUGUGCACCAACUCGAUAUGCCAGUCGGGUGUGUGCUACGCGAGCUGCGCCGCCAACCAGGCGUGCGUCGGCAGCCAAUGCCUCAACUACGUCGCGCCCGGCUACCAGUGCGUCGGCUCGCAGCAAUGCCUUCAAAACUCGCUGUGCAUCAAUGGUGUGUGCGCGUGUCCGACGGGCACCGCCCUUCAGAACGGCGUGUGCACCACCACCACCACCACGUGCAACGCCAACCAGGUGCUCUACAACAAUCAAUGCUACACCACUGUCAGCGUCGGCGGCCAGUGCCAAAUCACCCAGCAAUGCCUAUCGGGCUCGCAGUGCCUCAACCAGGUGUGCCAAUGUCCAACGGGAAGCACCUAUCAGAACGGGCGGUGCUCGACGUCGAACUGCAACGUCAAUCAGGUGUUCUACAACAAUCAAUGCUGGAAUACGGUGGCCGUCGGCGGGCAAUGCCAAAUCACGCAACAGUGCCUCGGCAACUCGCAGUGCCUCUACUCGUACUGUCAGUGUCCGGCGGGCACCACCAACCAGAACGGCUACUGCUCGGCGAAUGGCGGCGGCAACUGCAACGCGAAUCAAGUCCUCUACAACGGCCAAUGUCUCAACAAGGUGAGCAUCGGCUCAAUGUGCACCGUCAGCCAACAAUGCCUCGGCAACUCGCAAUGCCUCAACUCGUAUUGCCAAUGCGGCGCCGGUUUGUCGAACGUCAACGGUCAAUGUCAGACGGGCAACACCGCCAAUUUGUGCCCGUCGGGCCAACAAGUCCAACUCGCCGCCAACGGCGAGCCGAUCAAUUGUCUCGUCGCCGUGUGCUCGACAAACUCGUUCUGUCAGUACUCGGCCGCCGGACAACGAUACGUGUGUUGUAGUUGA